AUGGAACAAUUUGAACAAUAUGAUAAAGGGAAAUUUUUGAGAGAUCGUUAUAUAAAAGUUAGUGAUAUAAGUGAAGGUUCUUAUGGUUUAGUAUCUGUUGCAAAAGAUACUAAAAGAAAAGAUUUAUUAGUUGCAGUUAAAUUUAUUUACCCUGUUGAUUAUAAGAAAAGAAAAGAUUCAACAUCAACAUCAAUAACAAAUAAAAGAAGACCUUCAUCAAGUCCUGCAAGAUUAAAAUCUCCUCAAAUUGGUUCACCAAAUAAACAUCAACAAAAUUCAAUUUUUACAAGUUUAUUAAAUGAAGCUCAAAAAGAAAUUAAAAUUCAUGAGAUUUUAGGUUCACAUCCUCAUAUAUCACAAUUAUAUGAUCAUUUUGAUUCAUGUUUAAUAUUGGAGUUUUGUUCAAGAGGUGAUUUAUAUGAAGCAAUACAUAAUGGGAAUGGACCAGUAACAACUCAAGAUUUAAAAGAUGUAUUUCAACAAAUUUUAAAUGCUGUUGAAUUUUGUCAUUCAAAGGGAGUUUAUCAUAGAGAUUUAAAACCUGAAAAUAUUUUAAUUGCUGAAGAUUGGAGUAUAAAAUUAUGUGAUUGGGGUUUAGCUACAACUAAUAAAUUUAUAUCAAAUAAAGAUGAAUUUGAUAUUGGAAGUGAAAGAUAUAUGGCUCCUGAAUUAUUUGAUAAUGAAAUUGAAUCUUAUGAUGCUUCUAAAAUUGAUAUUUGGUCAAUUGGGAUUAUAUUAUUAACAUUAGUAUUUCACAAGAAUCCAUUUCAAGUUGCAAAUUAUUCAGAUAAAAGAUUUUUACAAUUUGCAAGUAAUAGAGAAGCAUUAUUUGAUAUUUUUUCGACAAUGAGUGGAGACUUGUUUUCAGUUUUAAGAUUUUGUUUAACAAUUGAUCCAGAUAAUAGAGACUUAAAAAAUGUAUCUGAAGAAUUGGAUGCAUUAAGAUUUUUUACAAUUGAUGAAGAAUAUGAUGCAAGUGAUUAUGAAGAAGAAGAUGAAGAAGAAGAUAAUUAUAUAUCAUAUGAUGAAGUUGAAGAAAAAAAUCGAUUAUCAAAUGUUACAGUUCCAAGUUCUCAAUCAAGUAGUGUUAAAUCCACUAAUGGGAAAAUUGAUGAUAUUGGUUCAAGCUCAAAUUCUGAUAAAUCAAAUUCACCACCAGAUUCUCAAUAUGAAAUUCCUCAUAAUCAUAGAGCUGAUGCACUUUUAUCAACAAAUACAAAAGCAAAACCUAUUCCAAUUAAUACUCAUGAUUUUAAAUUUAUUAGAAAUACUAGAAAACCAUUAAAUGUUGCAUCUUUUAAUCAAGUUGCAAUUAUGAAUAGAAAUGGAUAUACAAAUAGUCAUAAUAAUAAUAAUAACAACAAUAGUUGUUAUAACAAUAAAUUACAAAAUUUCAAUAGAGAAGAUUAUUUUACUCCAAAGUCUGUUUUCAAUCAUUAUAUGGAUAAAUAUGGAGAAAAGAAACGUAACCCUCAACUUAAUGGUAAUAUAAAUGGUAAUGGAACUUAUGAUACUUCAAAUAAUAAUAACAACUACAAAAAACCACCAUUGAGAAGAAAACGAACAUGGAAAGCUAAUCAAAAUAGAUACAAACAAAAUGGAGCUGGUCAACAUCAUCAUCACAAAAGUGUUAAUGGUAGAUCAUCUCAUCAUGAAAAAUUCAACAAUAGUUAUAAUCAAAAUGGUGGUACUACAAUUUUAAAUGGUAAUGUCAAAAAGAAUGGAAAUUUAUCAUCUACUUAUCAUCCUUUACCUCAUCCUUCAUCUUUUAAUGGUUCAGCAAGUUCAGGAAAAUAUAUUCCACCAAAUUUACGUUCUCCAGUACAACAACCUCACCAAAGAUCACCAUUACUCGAAGAGAUGGAUAAUUUAUCAUUAGGUAACGGAGAUGAAGAAGUUUUCCAUUUAGAAGAUGAUUUUGAGACUAGUGAAUCAAACAAAAAUAGUAAUUCUAUUGGAGAUAGUACUACUAAUGAUAUUUUCUCAAUGUACAAUAAUAAUGGCGGUAAUAGAUUAGAUAAUGGAAAUGGUCCAAAGGGUUCAAUUAAAGCAUUAAAAGCUUCUCCAACUCAAGGAAUUUCCAAUUCUAAAUAUAUUCCCCCUUUUAGAAGAGCUUCAAUUUCAAGAACCAAUAAUAUAACUGGAAGUUUAAAUAAUAAUCAUUUACAACCACAACAACCUCAACAACAACACCAACAACAAAUACAAUUCAAAAAUACAUUUAUGAAUAAUGAUAAUAAUAAUGGUAAUGCUACAACUAUUAAUAAUAAUAAUGAAAAAAUAAUUACUAAUAGUUUUGAUGACUUAUAUACUGGUGAAAAGAUAGACUGGAGUGAUUAUUAG